AUGUUGGAUUCCGAUUUGGAUGAUUUUGACGAUGACGACUCGGAUAAAGAUCCAGAUUAUAACAAUUCUGCAUUUGAAGACGAUUCAGAUCCUGAUCAAAUUGAACCUGAAGAAAACGAUGAUGCACUGUCAGGAAUAUAUUAUUUUAAUGAUGAGAAUAUUAACAGAAUCGACUCACUUGCUGAUAUAUCUCAUAUUAGUGGUUCUGAAAUGUCUGUCGAUUCUUCACCACCUGCUAAUAUACUAAAAACUAAUAGAUAUGCUGCUCAACUAUUGAGUGCUAGAACAAUUUCCCCACAUGCACGUUUAAACAAAUGGCACGACACAAAUGAAUGUGAAAUAAAACAAUUAUUUGGUCUUCUUAUAUGGACUGGAUUAGUUUCACUACCAUCCUAUCAUCUUUAUUGGAGUUUAUCAAGAAUUUAUUGUACACAAUUUAGUACUAUAAUGAGCCGUAAUAGAUUUGAAUGUUUAAUGAAAACUCUACAUUUUUCAGACAAUACUUGUGCUGACCCUACAAAUAGGUUGUACAAAUUAGGAACAGUUAUCAAUGAUAUAAUGAUAAAUUCUAAUUAUUGUAUGCAACCAGAACAAAGCAUGUGCAUUGAUGAGUCCUUAGUUAAAUUUAUGGGAAGACUUGCUUUUAAACAAUAUAUUAAAAAUAAAAGGGACAGAUUUGGCAUCAAAGAAUUCAAAUUAUGUAUUUCUCCUUGUUAUACUAUUGCUAUGAAAGUAUACUGUGGAAAAGAAGUUAAUAAUAUGUUAAAUGUUGGAAAUGUUGGAAGUAAUGUUGUAAUGGAAUUAGCAGAACCCUAUCUUGAUAAUGGCAGAACUAUUUUUGUUGACAACUGGUAUUCAAGUGUAGAACUAGCUGAAUUAUUACAAUCAAGAAACACAUAUUUAGUUGGAACAUUAAGGUGUAAUAGAAAGUCUAAUCCGAAAGAAGUAACUAAAAAAAAAUUUAAAAAAAGGGAAAUUGUAUCUCAGCGAAGCUCAUCUAAUGUGUUGGUACUGAAGUGGCGGGACAAACGGGAUUUAGUCAUGAUUUCAUCUAAACAUGAUAGUGCUCUUACAAGUUUGAAAAUAAGAGGAAAAACGGUACAAAAACCUACAGUAGUUGUUGAUAAUAAUAUUGGGAAAACUUCAAUUGACCUCUCAGAUCAGAUGACUUCCUACUCUAACCCUCUUCGUCGCAGUCAAAAGUGGUACAGAAAAGUUGCUCUAGAUGCAUUAUUAAACAUUAGUGUUGUUAAUGCUCUAGUUUUAUUCCAGAAAGUUACAUCUUCAAAAAUAUCUAUAACAGAAUUUAGAUCUACACUUGUAGAACAGUUAAUAAAUAAAGAAACUAUCACAGAAAUUGUAUCACAAAAACAUACCUUAGAAAAAUCAAACAGAUCUAGAUGUGUUGGAUGUUACUCAAAAGCAGAACAUAAAAUUGUAAAGAAGUAA